AUGGCGGCGCCCGUAACAUUGGUCGUGAAAUGGAGUGGGCAAGAAUACUCUAUCUCCGAUUUGGGCGGCGAAAAUACCGUGAGGGAAUUGAAAGAAGCAAUAAAGGCGCAAACAGGAGUUUUGCCACAGCGUCAGAAAUUAUUAGGAUUGAAACACAAAGGUAAACCACCAGAUGAUGAUAUGCAGCUAUCUGUACUGAAGCUCAAACCAAACAGUAAAAUCAUGAUGAUGGGAACAAGGGAAGAAGCAAUCCAGGCAAUCACAGAACCACCACCUGACGUGGGUGAGGUCGUUGAUGAUUUUGAUAUCGAGGAGGAUGUAGUACUUAUAGAAAAUAGGGAAGAAAAUUUACGAAAAAUUGAAAAUAGAGUCAAGAACUAUGAAGUGAAAAUUCUAAACCCUCCAAGACCUGGGAAAAAGUUAUUGGUUUUAGAUAUUGACUAUACAUUGUUUGACCAUAGAUCAUGUGCAGAGACAGGGUUUGAACUGAUGCGACCAUAUUUACAUGAAUUUUUAACUGCAGCUUAUGAAGAUUAUGACAUAGUUAUUUGGUCUGCUACCAGUAUGAAAUGGAUAGAUGCAAAGAUGAAAGAACUCGGUGUUUCAUCUCAUCCAGAUUAUAAACUAGCAUUCAUGUUGGACAGUGGUGCUAUGAUAUCAGUCUAUACGCCCAAAUAUGGAGUUGUGGAGACUAAACCUCUAGGUGUCAUCUGGGGAAAGUUUGAAGAGUACAGUAGCAAUAACACUAUAAUGUUUGAUGAUAUCAGACGAAACUUUCUGAUGAAUCCCCAGAAUGGACUCCGGAUACGACCAUUCCGCCAAGCUCAUUUAAAUCGGCAAAAGGACAAAGAACUGUUGAAACUUUCAUUGUAUUUAAAAGACAUCGCACAACUAGAAGAGUUGAGCAAACUCAAUCACCAUCACUGGGAAAGAUAUAAAGCACCAAAGAAAUGAAUAUAUGGAUAAAAGUGAAGCGUGCACCAAGCAGUGAGAAGUUCUUAGUGCGUCACGUAAUUGACUAGCCAGUGUGAUUGUAGAGUCUGUAAAUAGAUUCAUGAACCUGCCGUUUGUACAGUUGCCGAAAUUUAUUUUAUAUAACAUUUCAUUAUUAAUACUAUGAAGUUAGAAUUUUAAUGCGAGAAUAAAACAUAAUUUUAUUUUCAAACCAA